UAGUUGUGUAUAUAGUUCUGUUAUCAGACACACUGGUGGUUGGAGGAGAGUGUAUAAAUACUGGACUCACUGUGAAGGUCAGCACUAACCUGCACACAACUACAAACCAGAAAGAUCCAGAGACAUGGCGAUGUUUGGGAAGGUUCUGGAGCCCGUGGGCUACAUUCAAACUGUGAGGGUCCUUGUUCAGGGCAUUUGCUCUUAUCUGAGUGGCAGCGCCACAGUGGAGGAGACUGACGUGGCCAAGAAGAACCUGGACCACAUCGACCAGGAGCUGGGAGCCACAGGUCAGGGUCUGCUGGAGGACAACGAGGUCCACCGGCUGGAGGACGACCUGGCUGUGGUCUACUACCAGCUGGGCACAGCGGUGAGGGCCCAGUCAGACUUCACCAAGAAGGAGACAGAGGUUUUCCUGCAGUACGUGCAGGAUUACCGUCUGGAGAGGCAGCUGACGGCGCUCUACAACCGUCUGAUGGGUGUGUCUGCGCUGAGCGACCGGCGCACCCUGCUGGAGGAGCUCAUACUGACCCGCAAGCCCAAACGCUGGGAGCUGAGGGAGUUCUGCGUCAAGGUAAACUUCGUCCUGGGCACCGGUCUGCUGUGUCUCUUCACACAGGCCGCUCUAAGUGGCAGAGAUCAGGCUCUGCUGAUGAAGACCUGGUCCGACCGCAUGGGGGCCCUCUACAGGAAGAUGAAGAACAUGGGAGGCCGCUGCUUGGGAUACUUUUUGGAGCAGGCAGAACAGGACAUCCGGCAAGAGCUCCACGAAGCCGUGCACAACCGCGCACCACCUGAGGAGGCGGCAUCGAGCAUCCUGAAGACCCUGGAGAAGAACUACGAUUGGCUGCGCUGGGCGGUGAUGCUCCACCCAGCCGUGGGGCCCUUGGAGGACGAGCAUGAAGGGGAGGUGCAGGAAGCAAAAGAAGGCGAUGUACCUGAAGACCAGCCAUCUGACAACUUGCUAUCAGUGGCAUCUGAAUCGCCGAUCCCUCAUGUGGUGGUGUGCCACCGCGACACACCGUCAUCCCUGGACAAGAGCCGCAUCCACCAGCUCAUCGUGGAUCUGGAGUGGAAGAUCCCCAACCCGCCACCUGAGGUGUACGCCUCCAUCGAGGAGGAUCCAGGCAGAGCGCGCCGCUACCUGGCGUCACGUAUGCUGAAGAAGCUGCAGGAGGGUCUGGGAUCCGGCGUGGCCGUCCACGUGGUGCCGGGCAGGAUGGAGAUGAGGUGCAACUUCCCAUCAGCCUCCUACUACAUCUACGAGUACAAACACCGGCUGGCCUCGGGAACCGUGUGCGUGUUCGGAUGAAAGGGGAAAAGGUCUCCCUGAUGUUUUCACACUUGCAUUAACUUGUCUUGUGUAAUAUCGCUUCAAAAAUAAACGUCUCCCUAGAAAAUGA